AUGCCUUCCUCGAUCGAACCCAUUGUGCUCUACGGCGAGUUCAUGUCCCCAGGACCUCAGAAAAUCCGUAUCAUGUUAGAGGAGCUCGGACUUCCAUAUCGAAACGAGCUCAUCAAGUUCAAUGAAGUCAAGGCGGAAUCAUAUACCAAGCUCAACGUCAAUGGCCGAUUGCCUACCAUUUACGAUCCGAACACCGGUCUUACCUUAUGGGAGACAGCGGCCAUCACUACGUAUUUGAUCGAUCAAUACGAUCAGGACCGCAAGCUCAGCUAUGGAACUUUUCCUGAGAAGUAUCUCAUUCAGCAAUGGAUGGCGUUUCAAGUCUCCGGCCAAGGACCAUACUACGGCCAAAGCGUAUGGUUCAGCAUGAUCCAUCCCGAAAAGCUCUCCAGCGCCAUCGAACGAUAUGACAAGGAGAUUGAACGAGUUCGGUCCGUACUCGAUACCCACUUGCAACGGCAAGCAUCCGCACGUGGUGAUACGUCCGAGCCAUGGCUGGUGGGUGACAAGUGCACCGUCGCGGACUUGUCCUUCGUCAUGUGGGAGAACGUUGUGGACCUCAUUCACGAUCACAAGGGUACUGAUCUCAAGGGCAAGUAUCCUGCUUUUGACGCUUGGAAGGAGAGAUUGUUUCAGCGGCCGGCUUGCAUCAAGGCCAUUGCGAGCAGGGCAGAGGCAAUGGGGAUAGAGCUGACAACGGGACCGUUGGCACAAAGAAUACGCAAAGACUGA